GUAAAAGAGCAAAUUUUUUCACCUUUAACAAUCAACCAAUUGCCGUGGCGAAUCGUCUCGUACUGGAAAAGAAAUUGGGUAGAGAAAUGGUGGAUCUCCACUCGUCGUCCCUGCCAUCGCGCUCGGCGGUAGAGCUUUUCGGCGACCCUUCCGGCGACUCCGAGCCCCUAUGGUUCAAGAAAUCCUCAUUCCUCAGCGCCGACUUCGAUCCCGAGUCCUACAUCGCCGACCUCCGGACAUUCGUUCCCCUCGAAAGCCUUGGGGCCGAGCUCCGUUCUCACCUUGCCACCCUCAAAUCCGAGCUUGUCGAGCUUAUUAACCGUGAUUACACUGACUUCGUCAGCCUAAGCACUCGCCUUGUGGAUGUCGACUCCUCCGUCGCCCGCAUGCGGGCUCCGCUCGCCGAUUUUCGGGACAAGGUCGGAGCCUUCCGCAUUGCGGUUGAUAAUUCUCUCUCCUCCCUCCGCGGAGGGCUCCGCCAGCGAGCGGAGGCGUCGGCCGCUAGAGAGAUUCUUGAGAGGUUGCUUGAUACCUUCCAUGUUGUUUCCAAGGUUGAGAAACUCAUCAAAGAGUUACCGACCACAGUUUCUGGAUCAAGUGCAGAUCUAGUUCUCAGUAAUGAGAAUUCAUUGCAGCCUGCAGAAAUUGGAACCAACUUCAGAGUGACCCAAAGCAUCCUCUUGGAAAGAAUUGCUAGUGAAAUGAAUCGGAUCAAAUUUUCUAUCAGCAAUGCAAAGGAUCUUCCUUUUAUCGUGAACAUGGAAAAGCGAAUCCAAAAUACCACUGAAAUGUUGGAUAAUAGCUUAGGAAAUUGUUUUAAAGAUGGCCUUGAGCAUCAUGAUGAAGAUGCAAUUUACAAUUGUUUACGUGCUUAUGCGGCUAUUGAUAACACAGCAGCAGCUGAAGAAAUCUUUCGAACAGUUAUUGUGACCCCUUUGAUUCAGAAUAUUAUUGCUUAUAACCAGUCUCAGAUCAUUGAUGGGAGUUCCUCAGAUGAGCUUGAAGAGUGCUAUAAAAAAAUAAAGCAGUGUAUUAAGAGUGAUUGCAAGUUUAUAUUGGAUAUUUCUUCGAUAGAAAACUCAGGUUUGCAUGUGUUUGAUUUCUUGGCCAAUUCUAUCCUUAAAGAAAUUCUUGUUGCCAUUCAAAAGGGGAAACCUGGGGCAUUCUCUCCUGGAAAACCUACAGAAUUUCUGAAAAAUUAUAAAUCAAGUUUAGGGUUUUUGACCUAUCUUGAAGGUUACUGUUCUUCCAAGUCCGCUGUGUCUAAAUUCAGAUUACAGACAGUCUAUGUAGAAUUCAUGCGGCAUUGGAAUAUUGGGGUUUACUUCUCUUUAAGAUUCCAGGAAAUUGCAGAGGCCCUGGAUUCCACUCUUAUGGCUGGCACUGUUAUUCCAGUUGAUAAUUUGUACAGAAAUCAAGAAAAUUCCGGAAUCUUGACAUUGAAACAAAGUGUCAUGCUGUUGGAAAGUUUGAGAUCAUGCUGGAGUGAUGACGUUCUUGUUAUUUCUUGCGCAGACAAGUUCUUACGACUUUCAUUGCAGCUAAUCUCAAGGUAUUCUACAUGGCUAUCUUCUGGUCUGCUUGCACGUAAUGCAGCUGCGGAAGAUUUUAUAUAUGUGAUACAUGAUGUAGGUUUUCUUUUUUCCGAGCUUAGCGGAAAUUAUCUUAGGCAUGUAUUGGAACUUCUCGAAUCUUGUUCCACUGAAGUGCUUGAUCUUGUAAGACGCAGCAUUUUACAAGCUGCAACAUCUUUGAAUGAUACCUUACCUAUUUUGAAGGAUAUGAUGGUUGAGGGAAUUGCUGAGAGAUCUUUUGAGGAUUUGAAGCAGCUGAAAGGAAUCACGGCAACAUAUAGAUUGACUGAUAAACUUCCCGUGAGGCAUUCGCCUUAUGUGUCGGGAAUUUUGUGGCCGUUGAAGGCUUUUCUUGAUGGUGAUAGCGUUGUAUUUUUAACCAAGGAACUGUUGAAUGAACUGCUCUACUGUAUCGCUGAACGAAUUACAGGCCGAUAUUAUGAAAUGGCAGCAGAUGUUGUCAAUUUGGCAAGGAAAACCGAGUCUUCGCUACUGAGAUUACGUCAAGGCGCACAAAGGAGAGCCGGAGCGAGUUCGGAUGCCCUCGACAACAACAUAUCAAACUCGGAGAAAAUCUGCAUGCAGCUGUUUCUAGAUAUUCAGGAGUAUGGCCGUAAUCUUGCUUCAAUCGGAGUCGAAGCAGCUGAUAUCUCAACCUACAGGUCACUGUGGCAGCUGGUUGCUCCAGAAGAUAAGCAAUCACAGCUUCUUAUUUAACGUAACCCUCAUCAAAACCACACAUAACAUGUAUGAUUAUUUCAAUUUUACCUCAUCCUCACCACAUUUUUGUGCUCUUUUUAAUAAUUCAUUCAUAAUUUUGGAACCAAAGACAACAAAAAGUUAGUUCUGGCAACACUUUGUUUUAAUUGUCUUUCAUUAUUUCUUAUGAAA